CAUGGCCGGAGUGAACAUGAUUUUCAAAACUGAAAGUCCAUUUAUGUCUCAUACAGUGUGCUCUCACGCUACGCGAGUGCUUUCUCUUAUGAACAGACAUCGACGAGAAAAGGAGAAGCUAUGUGAUGUAGUUUUAAGAGUCGCCGGUCGCGACAUAACGACCCAUCGCGCCGUUUUGGCGGCUUGCUCACCGUACUUCUACGCCAUGUUUUCGGGCGAACUUGCCGAGAGUCGAGCAAGGGUUGUCGCAAUGCAAGAUAUUCAUCCCGAUAUCUUGGAGAACCUUGUCGAGUUCGCUUACACCGGUAGAAUAAACAUCAACGUUGAGAAUGUUCAGGCUUUGCUAGCGACAAGCUCGCUGAUACAAUUUCACGAAGUCGGUGAAUUGUGUUGUAAAUUUCUAGAGACGCAGCUGGACCCGACGAACUGUUUGGGUAUUCGCAAGUUUGUCGAGGCUCACGGCUGUACGAAUUUUCUUGAAUCCGUGGACCGCUUUGUUCUGCAAAAGUUCAAGGACGUGGUCAAGUCCGAAGAAUAUAAUUUGCUGCCGGGAGAGCUCUUGUUAAAAGUGCUUUCAAGUGACGACCUGAACGUAAAUUACGAAGAAGAAGUUUAUGAAUCGGUUUUAAAAUGGGUCAGCUUCAAUAUCAGCGAACGGUCGAAGUUCUUGCCGCAGAUUUUAGAAAAUGUGAGGCUUCCCUUGAUCUCAAAGGAUUAUCUCCUGUCGAAAAUCGACAACGAGCCUUUGAUACGGGUGAAUAUGGCGUGCCGAGAUUUGUUGGACGAGGCAAAAAACUAUUAUUUGGUACCCGAUCGAAGGGCACAAAUGCGUAAUCAGAGGAUGAAGCCUCGAAAAUCGACGGUAGGCUGGCUUUUCGCCGUCGGAGGGAAAGAGGCUGGCGAAACUAUAGCGAACAGCGUUGAAUGUUAUCAUAUGUACUCCAAUAAAUGGCAAAGAGCGGCCCCCCUGAACUCUUCACGUCAGCAACUUGGGGUCGGAGUCAUAAACGGCUCUCUCUAUGCCGUCGGCGGCUCGGACGGUUACUCAAGACUGAACAGCGUGGAACGUUACGAUCGUGAAUUGGACAGAUGGAUAUACACUAAGUCGUUGAACACCUCCAGGUCUGGUGUUGGCGUGGGUACACUUGGGGAUGCGUUGUAUGCCCUGGGGGGAUAUGACGGUCGGACGUGUCUGAAGACGGUGGAGCGUUAUGAUCCUCAAGUCGACUGUUGGAGCUGCGUUGCAUCAUUGAACGUAACACGAAGUUUUCCAGGUGUGGCUGAGUUGGGCAACAGUCUGUUUGUGAUUGGUGGAAAUGACGGUACGUCGUUCUUGAAUUCCUGUGAACGUUACGAUCCACUGACGAACAAAUGGUCAUACGUUCCGCCAAUGAGCAGACCUCGAGCGGGCAUCGGUGCUGCUGUUGUUGAUGGCAUACUCUACGUCGCAGGUGGCUUUGACGGGAUUUCGAGAUUAAGUUUAGUGGAGAUGUUUGAGCCGCGUAUGAACGCUUGGCAAGAGGUCGCGGCUAUGAACUCCUGUCGGGACGGGGUGUGCAUGGUAAAUUACGGAAGCCAGCUCUACGCCAUCGGAGGGAUUGAUGGCCCCUCUUACCUGAGCACGGUGGAGAUCUUUGACCCCAAGAACAACACAUGGGAGGAGGUAUUACCGAUGGAAACUUGCCGUGCGGCCGCGGGGGUUGCAGUCUUACCUGAUGUCUAUAAGAUGUGAUAAACCUUGCGUAGGUGGGUGUAGUAGACCCCCUCCCUAUCCGAGCAUGGUGGAAAUGUUUGACCCCACGAACAGCACAGAGGUCUUGCCCGGAAACACACCGGUGCUGCUGCGGGAGUUGAUGUCUACGAUUUGAUUUCCUGAAGGGGAAUGGGAGAGGGCAGGUGUCCACUUUUACCCGAGAACUGGACGGUAAUUGCUAAAUCUUUGUUGUCAGCGGGCUGAUUAAUUUAUAUUCUAAUAUAAUGGGUAUUCACUACACCCAGAAAUGUUAUGCAGCAAUAACCGAUAAUUAUUUCAUGAAAAAUCGUGAUUAUAUUAAGAGAUACACAUCACUCGAAUUGUAAAAAAUGUAAAUUACUUCAACCAGAGCAUUCGCAAGCAAAUUUUGUACGUUUUAAAUAUAAACAAUAUAAAUUAUUAUCCAACCAUUUAGUAUUUUAUGU